AUGAGUUCUCAAACAAAAAGGAAGACCCAAAAAAUGAUGUUACAACCAAUUAACCAAAUUUUCCAUUUGUUUACUUCUAAACAAAAAGUACAAAUUUGGUUAUAUGAUCACAAAGAUUUGGUUUUGGAAGGAGUAAUACAGGGUUUUGAUGAAUAUAUGAAUAUUGUGCUUGAUCAGGCAUCUGAGGUAUAUACAAAAAAAGAAGUUAGAAAGGAAACAAGUGUAGGAAAACUGCUUUUAAGAGGUGAAAACAUUAGUUUGAUUUGUGAAUGCAAAUAG